CACACACACACACACAGACAGACACACUGCCGUGCUGUGUGAGUGUGUGGCUGUGUGGAGAGACUGCAUCAAGGAGAGAGAACUGUGCGCGCUCGCAUCGGGAGCGGUGCGUGGGAGUUGUUCUCUCUCUCUCUCUCUCUCUCUCUCUCUCUCUUCUCUACCUGCCAUUUGCAUUCCUUCUUUAUCUCCACACUCAUCCACGGACGAGUUCGGGCGCACAGGGAGUCCCAUUAAACCCAGGGAGGAUCGCGCUGUGUCUCUGCUAGGUGCGCGUGUGUUAAAGUGUGUGUGUGUGUGUGUGGGUUGCCUGUUUUAACUACAGCUGGCAUCUUUAAAGCCGCGGUGCUGCCGCGGUGGAGAAACUCAUUAGGAAUCUGCAAGGAAACGGCUGGCUGCUGUCUUUCUUCCUCCCCUUUCUUCGUUCUCCCGUUUUUCUGAGAGCUGUCUUUCAAGGCGAUGGACUUGAGAUAGUGCGUCUCAAUUUGAGUGUUGGUGACUGGGAGUUGCCGUCGGGGAGAAAUGCGAAAGGAUGCUUGGAUUCAGUGAAGCCUACAGCAGGUAACCGAUAAGAUGGUGGCCAGGGAAGCGACUGGGCACAGCUACCUGGUGGUUUGCUGGCAGCCCAUUCUGAUCCUGAUGCUGGGCACUGUGCUGUCUGGCUCCACCACAGGCUGUCCAUCCCGCUGUGAGUGCAAUGUUCAAGAGCGCUCUGUUAUGUGCCACCGCAAGAAGCUCAUGACAGUUCCUGAGGGCAUUCCUGCAGAGACAAAACUGCUGGACCUCAGCAAGAACCGCAUAAGAACCAUCAACCCAGACGAGUUUUCUACCUUUCCAAACCUUGAACACCUGGAGCUCAGUGAAAACACAAUCUCCACAAUUGAACCCGGAGCCUUCAACAAUCUUUACGGCUUGCGGACAUUGGGACUGCGUAGCAACAAGCUUAAGCUGAUCCAGCUCGGUGUGUUCACUGGCCUGAGCAAUCUCACACAACUGGACAUAAGUGAGAACAAAAUUGUGAUCCUGCUGGACUACAUGUUCCAGGAUUUGUACAACCUCCGGUCCUUAGAGGUGGGUGAUAACGAUCUGGUUUUUAUCUCCCAUCGGGCUUUUCAUGGUCUAAGUAGCCUUGAGCACCUGAGUCUUGAGAAGUGCAACUUGUCCUCUGUGCCAACAGAGGCUUUUACCCACCUCCACAGUUUGGUCACUCUCAGGCUACGCCUCCUCAAUAUCAAUGUUAUACGGGAUUACUCCUUUAAACGUCUCUAUCGACUUAAAGUAUUGGAAAUAGCCAAUUGGCCAUAUUUGGAUACCAUGACCCCAAAUUGCUUGUAUGGAUUAAAUCUCACUUCUCUGACCAUAGCUAAUGCCAACCUGACCACAAUUCCUUAUGUAGCCCUGAGGCACUUGGUUUAUUUGCGCUUUCUUAAUCUGUCCUAUAACCCUAUUCACACCAUUGAGGGGAAUAAGCUCCAUGAUCUUCUGCGUCUGCAGGAAUUUCACCUUGUUGGGGGCAGAUUGGCAAUGAUUGAGCCCUACUCUUUCCGUGGCCUAAACUACCUGAAGAUUCUAAAUGUAUCUGGAAACUCUUUAACCACUUUGGAGGAGUCUGCUUUCCACUCAGUUGGAAACCUGGAAACCCUUGCUCUGUAUGAUAAUCCCCUGGCCUGUGACUGCCGACUGUUAUGGGUUUUCAGACGGCGCUGGAGACUGAACUUCAACAGACAGCAGCCCACCUGUGCCUCCCCUGAGUUUGUCCAAGGCAAAGAGUUUAAGGACUUCCCAGAUGUUCUGCAGCCUAACUACUUCACGUGUCGCAAGUCUAGGAUUAGGGAUCGCAAACCCCAGCAGAAAUUUGUUGAUGAGGGAGCCAUUGUUCAUUUUGCUUGCCAAGCAGAUGGAGAUCCCGCUCCUGUCAUAAUGUGGCUAUCACCACAGAAAAAGUUUAUCACCACCAAGACCAUUGGAAGGCUCUCUGUGUUGCCAGAUGGUACCCUUGAGGUGCGCUAUGCUCAGAUCCAGGACAAUGGUACAUAUGUUUGUAUAGCUAGCAAUGCUGGUGGAAAUGACACCUCUCUUGCUCACCUGCACAUUCACAGCUACUCACCUGACUGGCCACACCAACCCAACAAGACUUUUGCCUUCAUCUCCAACCAGCCCACAGAAAAUGGUUCUAAUGGUACAAGAGCCAAUGUUCCUUUCCCCUUUGAUAUAAAGACAUUGAUCAUUGCCACCACCAUGGGCUUCAUCUCUUUUCUUGGCGUUGUCUUGUUUUGCCUGGUACUGCUUUUCCUAUGGAGCAGAGGUAAAGGCAACACUAAGCACAACAUCGAGAUCGAGUAUGUGCCACGGAAAUCAGACGCUGGCAUGAGCAGCAGCCAGGUGGAUGCUCCUCGCAAGUUUAACAUGAAAAUGAUCUAAGGGAGCUGUGGAAUUUAUGAAUUUUGAACUGAAAAAUAAGACAAAUGGAAAAGAAGACAUUUUCUUUUCUCUCUUACAAACCUGUGGAUCCUGGUCUGUUAACAUAGAGUAAAAUGUUUUUUUUUUCCUGCCUGAUGCACUAGAGAGAAGGGCAGAUCAUGACUUUCACAAGUGAGAAGGAAUAAAAGCACAUCCAGUGCUACAGGGCAUUGAUGGUUUUAACAAGGCCUGUGAGGGCAUUCAUUGAAAGUCAGAUUUGUCAUAAGCAGUUCAUAUUCCUGUGGAUUUAUAAUGGGAAAAAUAUAGUAGAAAAGAAAAACACUUCUUCGCCACCAGAUUGGAGGGGCAGAUCAUAUUUUGGCCAUUGUCGUUUCAUGUCUGUAUUUUUUAUUUUGUGUUGUUUUUUUAUUUUCCAGGGUUAGAUCAAGUUAUGAAUACCAUUUGUAUGGGUUGAUGAGCACAUUUAUACAACAUUGAUGCAUUUCAAGUACAUCAUCGAUACAUCAGUGUUAUAAUGUGAAUGCCACAUAUGGUCUUCUUUUGCUUUCCAACAGUGAUAAUUGUUCUGUAAUCCAUUCAAUGUAAAUCUGUGUCACAAUACAUGAUACAAUUGGUUGACAAAAUAGGCCCCGCAAAUGAGCAGACAUACAUAGCAUAGCAUACACAGCAUCAUUUUAUCAUCAAAAACAACACUUAAUUUGAAUGUCACAGCAGCUAAUUCUUUGUCAUUUAAUGACCGAGAAAUUUCAGUAAAUGGUACUCUUACAUAGUUUACAUUGGUCAUUAAGUGACCUAAAAUAAUGAAUGAUAUUUAAAUGUAAGUGCUAAAAAAAUAGAUUCAGUGAUAUAGGGAUACUUCGGUAGAGUUCACAAUAUUGAUACCAAUUGGCAGUAAUGCACUGUAAAAAGAAAAAAAACCUAUCUGAGAAUAUUGCAUUUUUAGAAAGAUUAAAACAAGAAUAUUUAGUGUUGAAAAGUAGAGAAGCCUGUUGGUAAGUGUGGCUCUUUAUAUGGGAUUUUAGCUUUUGGGGAAAUGCUUGGAUAGAGCUUUAUGAGCCCAGUAAAUGAUAUCAGUAUCAGUGUCAUUCAUCCCUAAUUUUCAGAUGGAAGCCACACAGUGCACAGAUGGAUUGAGGGGAUGAUACAGAAGGGAAUGUGGGAUGUAGUUGAUAUGAUGCUCUGUUCCGAAAAUAAACACAGCAUCUAUCCCCCUGGCUCCUCCAUCAAACAGAAUGGUUUGUAUUGGCACCUUGAUGUGAUGUGCGCUUAUCCCAGACUUUUUUUAAUCACAUUUCAAAAACUGUUAUGUAAUGGUAUUAUUUUGUGCUCAACAAGAUUGUGAGAAAUCAGACUGUGGUGCUCAUGUUUUUGGAUACAAUGUGCUCCUCAAGCUGUAGAAUAUUGAUUUCAUUGUUGAUUAUGUUUCUUGGUUGUUUUAUGAAAUCAAUUAUUUAUUUAUGCCGAUGCCCCCAUCCCCCCCACCAACCCCCCAUCAAAGCCAUGGAAAUAUUCAGUUCCAGGAUCAUUAACAGGUUUGCUAUCCCCCAAGAAAUGUGUGGUGUUUGUCAGGGGGGGAAAAGAACUGCGCUUAUUAUGCUCGCCAGUUGACCUGCAUAUAAAAUCUGAGGUUACAGCCUUACCUUUCAAAGUACACACCGUGGACAGCUGGGCUUUACAAACGUGUGUGAGGAUAAAGGCUAAGUUAUUUAUGAUGGAUGACAUUACAGACAGCGACAGAGUAAUGGGCUGGAAGUAUGGACAGAAUAUGCAGAUGGUUGGAGUGACACAGAUGGUUUCACCCAUGGAGCAAUCUGAAGCAGCUUUGGUGUAAUCCGUUUUGCAUAAAGGAAAAAAAAAACACUGGAUAUGGCUCAUGGUUUUCCAUCUUGCUGAAUAUGAAUGCUCUCUUUGUUCAAAGUGUGGCUACUGUACCUAGCCUUUUUUAGUCCCGAGUGAGCCCGGGAUUCUGUUUUCCAUUUCUGUUAUUCCUUUUUUUUUUUUUUUUCACCCUGGACUAUAUUGACUAUGUAGUCCAAGCCAACUUUUUACUAAAAAAAAAGGUACUAAAAAAUAAAUCUAUGGAAAAUACAUUCAAAUUGUUCUGUGCAAUAAAGGUAAUAUGCAGAUUUUUUUUUAAUUAACAAAAUUUUGUUGAUGUUGAAUUGUUGAGAAUAUGGUAUGUUGUAUUAAACAAUCUAUGGACUUUUUUAAACA